AUGUUUCUGCCGACCUACGUCCAGAAGCAACUCUUGAGAUAUGUUCUGUCGCAACUGGGGCUCGUUGACACAGAUUCUUUGGAUCUAGAAAGUCUGGACAUUAAAUGGGGACAGAGAUCCACAUUUGAGUUUCGCGAUGUAGGCUUAAGACUUCAGAAACUUGCCUCUAUCUUACAGCUCCCUCCGGUUUUUGAUUUUACAAAAGCCAGUGUCUCUCUCGCUCGUGUGACUAUUCCAGCAGACAUUCACCAGAGUGGGAUUAUUAUUGAAGUUGAAGGCGUUGACGUUAGGCUUCAGCUACUAGCUGACGGGAAUGGAUCGGACAAGUCAAACCCAGUUCCUGACGGCACCAACUCUCUGGGUACCCUUCCGUCUACGGAGGCUCUUGCGCAGUCGUUCUUACUAUCCGAGCCGAAAGAAAAGACAGAUGAGCUAGAGGCAGUUUUACAAUCUGAGCAUAUUCAAAGCUUAGAUGGCGCUAGCGAUGAUGGGGAGGAAGAACUUGGCCUACAUGAUGGAGUCUCGCUGCCCAGCUUCGUUGCUGGCUUCUUAAAGGGCGUCGUCAACCGGCUGCAAUUCAAGGUUACCAAUAUAUCGGUGCAAGUCGAUACAGAGGUGCAGCGUGAUGGGGUCGACAAAAAACGUAAUUCGGACUCGGUCUCGGGGGUAUUUACCAUUCAUGAAAUUAAUAUUGGUGCCAUUACGGCGCCUACUCCAGAGGACUCAACAUUGAAAAUUGGCAAACGCAAAGUUACCUUUUCCCAAAUCCGUGCGAUGGCUGUUGCAAAUGCAGAAGUUUUUUCAAGAUAUUCUCACUUCAAUGCACCCGAUUCUCCUUCCGUUCACUCCGACUUCUCCCACACUCCACCCGCCCAGUCCCACCCGCUAUCUUCGAAAGAUUCUCAAUUGUACGAUAGCAUGUCCCAUUCGACAAUUCUUGAGCCCCCGUCAACCCACCAAUUCUCUGGCGGCUUUUCAGAUAUUGAAAGCUCCAAUAUGGAGUCAUCCACCUAUUCAAAUGAUGGAAGAUUUUCUGAUGCCGCCUCUGAUGCUGGAUAUGAUCCUGAAUCUCACUUUGGGUAUAGCCGAGAACUCUCCGAUAGUCAGGUUCAUGAGCGUUUUCUAAACAAUCCAGAAUAUUUAGAUGGAGGCUCGCAGCUGCAUGUUAAGGAUCCACUUGGUCAGCCAGUAAUGAUACCAGAAGCUGACUUCAUUGCCCAUGGUACGGAUACUAACCAGACUCCACGGCCUCUUUCCCCAGAAUCUCGAGCGUCGUCUCCAGAUUCGUAUAUGUAUCACUCUAUCCACGAAAGCACCCUUUCAACCACGGGCACAUUUCGAAGUAGGGGCCAAUUCUCGGAUUUGCCCCCUUGUUCUUCUACAGCCAUAGUAGAAGAUCAAGCCCUAGAUCGGGGCCCUGAGCUGCAAGCUCCUCAUACCCCUCCGCCAACUAUUCUGACCCGCCCUGAGGCUGAAGAUCUAUCUUGUUCAAAAAUCUUCACCCAUGAAGAAGCUCAGAGUAUGUACAUGAGUGCUUUGACCAAUAAAUCUUCUAGUUCCUCUAGCCCUGAUAUGCCUGGUGCCUGGGACUAUUCUCCCAAGCACAAAAGGGCCUCAACGGUGAUCUCCCAGAACUCAUGGGGUCGGGACUUGAAACUAGACCCUGGAGAAAUUAGACAACAGUCGCCUAUGUUGCACCAUGAAAUGAUAUCUGAAAAUCAAUCAGAUGGAAGCAUAAAAGGCGAACGGUUCUUGAACCCUCAAUACAUUACGGGGGUCACCAAGCAGCUCCUUUUUAUCGAUAGCGUGACUCUGUGGAUCCCCUCAUAUGAUCACCAGGGCAGUGCAGAAACAACGCCACCCUCCGAUACUGAGAAGAACUCCCAUGAUUUUAUGGUAGAAUCAACGUUCAGUUUGGCAAACUCUAUCUCUCUUGAUUCGUCACCAAAUCCCAGAGUCCGUGUUGCCCAAAGUGCCUUCCGGCGUGGUUCCGUCAAUUCUACGGAACUGUCACGCUCAAAACCCGCAAUACAGUCAAAAAAUUACGAUUUUGAUGGCUUAAGUAAAUUGCAAAUGUCACAAGCUAUUGAAAUAGAGAUUGAUUCAGUAGAUGUCAAACUUGAUCUUGCCUCUGGCUGGCUUCUCGUUAAGAUGGUGCAAACCGCCACUAAUUUCUGGGCCAGUGAUCGCCCGGCAAAGGACAUCCAACCAUCAGGAAAUAAUGAUGAGAGAACACCUCAUUUUGUUCAGGUGAACCUGCAAUCUUGCUGUAUCCAGUUUUUGGAGCGGGUGGCGGUCCAACCUUAUUCUCCACCAAUGGAGCCACCGUUAUUGAGUGGAAAUUCCAUGGAGAAUACCAUUUUGCAGCUGAAUUUGACUGUCUUGGACGCAGAUUUGGUACUGACUGAAAGAUCAAACAAGCUUCGACUCAGUAUCGCAACAUUUGUUUUGUCACAUAUGUCAGAGAAUUUAAUCUCAUUUGAUGAGAGCCUCAAAAUGCGGCAGUCCACAAGAGAUAUCACACACCCUAAACACGGUGAUAUUUUACUUCGAAUAAUUACCUCGCCAGAAUACACCACUGUCAACUUGACAACACUUCCGGUGUGUUUUUCGUUGAAUUUGCGGAAGAUAGAUGAGACUCUGGGCUGGUUUGGAGGUCUCAGUACGGUCCUCGAAUUAGGAAGUUCUAUUGUAUCGACGUCUACUGUCAAAGCAGGACAACCGGUCGCUAAAACACGAUCCCGAGGCGUCCAUUUUGUGGAUCCAACACCCCCUAGCUCUCUAAAGCCAAAUACGCCCGUGUUGAAAGUGAAUUGCAGACUAGGCGGUAUUGUAGCGCACAUUAGUGGUGAACACUGCAAUGUUCAACUCGAGACCACGGCGGCAAAGCUAGUGAGCAGAUACGAAGGUAUUGCGCUUCAGAUUGAUAAAGCAAACAUUAGCGGGCCCCAUUUCCCAAGAAGCCACGCGGACUCACCGGCAUACCUUGACUUCACCAAUAUCAGAUUUGAAUAUCUCUUUGCCCCUAAAGAAGUUGAUCUAGAUCGGCUACUGGCACUUCUUACUCCCUCAAAAGACAAAUAUGAGGAUGACGAUGACGUAAUGCUUGACACUCUAUUUCGGCAGCGCAGAAAAGGCGCUGUACUUCGCUUGACUGCUGGAAAUGCUAAACUAACUGUUCCCACCCCUGACGCAUUGCAGCCUUUAUCCGGUCUUGCUGCCGAAUUUGCAAAAUUAGCCACGGUUGCUAAAUACCUUCCGCAAGACGACAGUCCUGGAAUUCUUAUAUUAGGUCUUAUUCGUGAUUUUGAGGGGCAAGUACACAUAAAUCGUGAUGUUGGAGACUUAAGAGUGAUGCUUAAGGGUCUUGAAGCGGGAUAUGUCACUCUACCAUCCCUCAUAGUAACACGUAUCGGUAUGGUUGCCGUUACUCGUAAUGGCAGCGAGGAGCUACUCGCUCAUGCCAUUUUUGAUCCUCCAGAGGCACCGCCGACCCAUGAGACCUUACCCAUGAUUAUGAUCAGAUUCAUUGCUGAUGAGGUGGAACCGGCGGUUAAAGUCAAACUUUAUAACUUGAGGGUGGAAUAUACAAUACCUUUUGCCACAGCGUUUCUCUCAGGGAGUAAUAUAAUGACGAAUGAAGACAUUGCGGCGAAUAUGGCUCAAUCUGUGAUAAAUUUAGCCGACCUCAAUGAGGAAGGAUCUGAAAUGUCAGAGCAGUCUUCCACUGACUUCCGCAACCGGCCACUCCUACCAUCAAGGCUAUUCAUUGACCUAAGAGAAUGUAUAGUUGGGCUUAACCCUCGCAAUCCUCCAGCGAAAGCCCUCUUCGUCUUGAGUAGCGGAACUUUUCAGGGUGCUCUUCACCAGACAAAACCCUCUGAAGCUUCAUUCAAUAUUCGUAAAGCUUCCAUCAUGCUUAUUGAUGAUACAGCCAACAUUGGGACAGCAAAAAGUUGCCUUUCUCGAGCAUCCGGUGGCUCUCGCAACGAACAAAAUAGGCGGUUGGAAAGUAUGGGAUUCGUCUCUGUCUGUGACAUAUCUUCGGCUUCUGUGCUCUUAAAAGCCGUGCAGCUGGACGCCGAAGGCCAGAAAUCAUUAGACGUCGAGAUACGGGACGAUUUGCUUGUGUUGGAAACUUGUGCAGAUUCUACUCAAACCCUUGUCUCCAUUUUAAGCGGACUGGCUCCUUUAACGCCCCCUAGCACCGCAAGAAAAUAUCGGACUGAAGUUGUUCCUCUCCAGGAUAUGUUAAACUCUCUCGCCGGCAAUUUUUUCACAUCAAAUGCUUACCAAACCUCGGAUGGCACCCCAUAUCUUUUAGAAAGCGAAAGUGAAGGAAAGGAUGGUGACGAUGCCGAUGAACAUGAAUAUGUGAGCGUUUUCUAUCCUUCGUAUACGGGGGCUAGGUCGUCAAGUCGGCGUCAAGCUCCCGCUAAAGGUGGUGACGAUAUAAUAGCCAAUGCCGAUACCAGCCCUACUCUAGAGGCUCUCUAUGCUGAAUCCGAGGUAUCAGGCAGUAUUCAACAGCUGGACUUUAAGGAAGACCACUUUGCAAAGCAGUCGACUAUCGAAGGUACAGCCCAUAGAUGGGAUUCAUGCGAAAAUACAUACAGCCUUGCUUCUGAAAGUAAGCUUCGUGAGAGCCCCCUUCGAGUCAGAGUUAGGGAUGUUCAUGUGAUAUGGAACUUGUUCGAUGGCUAUGAUUGGCAGCGAACCCGGAAUGCCAUAUCACAAGCUGUCCAGGAUGUCCAGGAUAAGGCGGCAGAAAAAUUUACCAGAAGACCUGGAAUUCUAAUAUCCACUGACCCCGAGGAGGAGGAAGACUCCGUCAUUGGUGAUUUCUUAUUUAACUCAGUCUACAUUGGCAUUCCAGCUAACAGGGAUCCUCGCGAGCUCUCUCACGAUAUCAAUCGUAAUAUCGAUGAUUUAGCUAGUGAAACAAUGAGCUAUGCGACAACCACUACGCUUAACACAAAGCAAGGCCAGGCACCUGGAACUAAACGAGAGAAACUACGUCUGACACGGAGUAAAUACCAUAAGAUGUCCUUAGAGUUGAAAGGGAUUUCGGCGGACUUCAUUCUUUUCCCUCCUGGCUCUGGCGAAACAAUCAAUUCCUUAGAUAUUAGGGUUCAAGAUCUGGAAAUUUUUGAUCAUGUGCCUACCUCUACCUGGAAAAAAUUUGCAACGUAUAUGCAUGACGCCGGGGAACGUGAAAUAGGUACUAGCAUGAUUCACUUAGAGAUUUUGACGGUAAAACCUGUUGCAGAGCUUGCCGCAUCCGAGCUUGUCUUGAAGGCCACAGUUUUACCAUUGCGUCUGCACGUCGAUCAAGAUGCUUUAGAUUUUAUAAGUCGCUUCUUUGAGUUUAAAGAUGAAUCUGCACCUGGACAACCCUCACCGGACGACGUGCCUUAUCUUCAACGGGUAGAGGUGAACGCUAUUCAAGUACGACUCGACUUCAAACCGAAACGAGUGGAUUAUGCGGGUCUCAGGUCAGGUCGAACAACGGAAUUCAUGAACUUCUUCAUUCUUGAUGAGGCCGAUAUGGUUCUCAGGCACGUUAUCAUCUACGGUACCGCAGGGUUUGAAAGGCUGGGGGUCACAUUGAAUGAUAUCUGGAUGCCUGAUAUCAAAGCACAUCAACUUCCCUCUGUUCUUGGCGGGAUCGCACCAGUCAGGCCCCUCGUGAACAUUGGAGGCGGUUUCAGAGACCUCAUCCUCAUUCCAAUGCGUGAGUACAAGAAGGAUGGGCGAAUCGUCCGCAGUAUCCAGAAAGGUGCAUUUCAUUUUGCGAAGACUACCACAAAUGAAGUUGUGAAGCUCGGAGCGAAAAUCGCGAUUGGCACUCAAACAGUCCUUGAAAGUGCUGAAAGUUUUUUUAAUCCCUCCAGAGAGCUGUCUUCCAGGCCUUCUACAUCUGACGGCCGCCGGGAUGAAGAUGGCCUGGGCGAAGGUGAAAGACCACGGAUUUCACCGUAUGCGGACCAGCCGCUUGGUAUAAGUCAAGGGCUUCGCAGUGCAUAUACUAGCCUUCAAAGAGACAUUUUUCUAACGAAGGACGCCAUCAUUGCUGUUCCAGGCGAAGUGAUGGCGAGUAGUAGCGCAACAGAAGCUACGAGGCGAGUCUUAGAGAGGACGCCCACUCUUAUUCUCCGUCCAGCUAUUGCAGCGUCGAAAGCGAUGUCUCAAACCCUUCUUGGAGUGUCUAACUCCUUGGAUCCCGAGAAUCGACGAAGAACUGACGAUGUAAGUGACACAAUCGUUACUGAAAUCUAG